CGUGGUGUCUCCCCUUACGCACGCGCACAGCGCCCGUUAUUGAACGUGGCCGCUCGCUCGCGCUCGGUCGAUGACAUCGGCUGCGCGUCACUGAAGGCUGUUGCUCGCGCGAAGUGGACCAAGAGGAGGAUCUGAUGAAGGUGAGGCACCGUCUGUCUGCUCGUUUACCGUUUGCGCGCGCGACACCUUCCCUCGACUCGUGGCAGCUCGACGGCGAGAGCACGAGAGCGAGCGAGACCAUGCCGUAGAGCUGCAGGAACGAACUCAAAGUUUGCCGCGCAACCAGGCGGAUGAGUACAGCUGCGAAUCUGAGGCGCUUUUAUACAGGAAACAACAGCGUAGAGGAAGCUGCUGUCUCCUGCCAGUCAUGCCUAAAGUUGGGGUGUGACGACCAUUGUAUCUAAGAUACAUAUGAUAUGAAAUCUGCAGGAGUUGGCGAUGGAGGACUCUUCACAGAGAGCUACUGUAACAUCUGCAAUGCUCAGCUCAUCUCUGAGUCACAGCGUGUUGCGCACUAUGAGAGCAAGAAACAUGCCAACAAAGUGCGUCUGUUCUACAUGCUCCAUCCAGAAGAUGGUGGUCCUCCUUCUAAAAGACUGAGACCAGAUAACCCGGACAGUGCCGAGAAUGAGGUGGACAGGAACAAAUGCUGCACACUCUGCAAUAUGUUCUUCACAUCUGCCAUUGUGGCUCAGUCGCACUACCAGGGUAAAACACAUGCUAAGAGAGUACGCCUUGUUCUGGGAGAGCAGCCCAGCUUACCUACCCCCACAGAUUCAACAGCAAGCACCCCUCAGGCCACAGACCCACCACCACCACCUUCACCCUCAUGGCCCUCCAUGGGCAAUAAUGGAGAAGCAGGCAAGUACUGCUGCCUAUGUGGUGCCUGGUUCAACAAUCCACUGAUGGCACAGCAACAUUAUGAAGGCAAGAAGCACAAAAGAAAUGCAGCAAGAGCACGACUCCUGGAGCAGCUAGCAGGCAGUCUGGAUGCCGCCGAGAGCAGAGGCCUGCGCAGCAGUUACUCGUGCAGCAUAUGUAAUGUGGUUCUGAACUCCAUUGAGCAGUACUAUGCACACCUCCAGGGCUCAAAACACCAAAACAAUCUGAAACAACAUCAGCAAUGAAAAUUAUUGCUGGACAUAUCAAAGGAAUUGCUACUGGAGCUCUGAAGAAAACAGGAAAUGGAUGUACUUGCAAACAUUUGUGGAGAUGCCCAGGGACUAAAGGGAUGCCUCGGACAAUACCUCUAUCUUUCACUGAGUUUCUUAAUACCUUGGAGGCUCCUCGACUGUUUUGUGCUUUAUGUUUGUAUUUUAGGUCAGUGUAAACUCAACUGUCAUGAGCUGGGAAUAAACACUGUUAUCUUGUAGGACUAAAGUAUGAACUUCAUGUCAAAUUGAUGUCAAUCUGUGUUAUAGUGGUUCUAAUAAUCACUAAAUGGCACUCAUUGUAUACAAGCACUAGCCUGAAAAGACAGGGUCACUGAGUAUUUUCUUACAUUCACAAAGUCUAUAUAAUUAAUAUAAGUAUGUAAUUUAUCUAUUAUAUGUACAGUCUAUUCCUUGAUACCUACGAACACUGCUUUGAUGGACUGUUUAGGCAUUUUAGAAUUGAAAAAAAGCACAAAGUAAGGAUGUCAGUCAUUUAUUGACUGCAUUUUAUUAGGUAAUUGUCUUGUUUUGUGUUUAAAUGUUGCUAGUAAUGGUCAGUGGUAAAACCUAUUGACUACUUAUAAAGGAAUUUUAGUACAGAAGUGGACCUAGACAAGAUUCUCACACAGAUCACAUUACUUUCUCUGUAACAAAGCUAUUCAGUAUAAACCAUAUUUAAUAUAAAGAAAACAUUCCUACAGUUCUCUGCAACGUAGAGAGCGGAUUUAGAGCUACUGAGUGUAUGAAGCUCUGCCUUAUUUGCUGACCCAAUAGGUUCAUCAUUAGCAAAUUAUUUUUCCUUUGCAUUGGAGUUUAAAGGAAACUUGUUAAGUGAAUAAUGCUAUGUCAGUAUUUUGAAUUAAUUACAGCCCAUUCACCUUUACACAGUUACACAAAUGCUAAGUUAUUGAUGGCAUCCAGCUGUGUGUAUUUUAAUGAUGUCAAAAGGACUGCCUUUAGAGAAGAGAGUACGGUCAUUUGCAAUGUUUCUUCUUCAGAAAAGUUACAAGUUAAUGAGUUUAUUCAGGUGGCAGAUAGUUUAUGCAAUCCACUUAUUAACCACCACAAUGGUUCUGUUUUAAAUUGGUUUAAUUAUGCAAAAACAUGUAAAUAAAUAGUAUCAGGAAAAAAUGUUUUAAAGCCCAUAAGUGUUAUUAUAGGAAGCCUGUAAUCUUUCAGGUGCUGUAUGAAUUGUCUGCUGCAUUAGAAAUCAUUUGUGGUUGAGUUUAUUCAUUUGGGAUGUUGUGCCAUCAGAUCAUGGACAGGAACCUCAUUUUAAUAGGUAUGUAUAUUUAUACUACAGAACAUCUAAAUGAGUCUAACUGCAACUAUUUGGAUGUAAUGAGUGGCAUUACUGUUAAAUGGAAAACCAAUUUUUCACUAAUCAUGGUUGGGGAUCGAAAGAAAUUGCUUUCAGAGGAUUUGUUCUCACACUGUACUACUAGACAGUACUUCAUAAGCAUGUUGCAGGAGGAGAGAGGAUGACAGUAGUCCCACAUUAUCUCAGUGUUUAUGCUAUUCAUAUUGUUGUGCUGUUCAUUUUGUGUAAUGAAAUUUCUAAUUAACAUGAAACUAAAUGUG